AGCCGCACUGAACCCAACGACCGCCGUCGUUUCAGCUGGCGCGCUUCUCCGUCACACACACACACACACACACACACACCAUCAUUCUGUACCAUGUAUUUUUUUUCCCCCCAGAAGGUGUAUGUGUGAGGGACACGAGGAAGACAGAGAUUUGUGAGGGUUGAAGAGGAGAUUCUCCAGGAAGACGAAGAAGUUAAGAGGGAAUUUCGACAGUGGAUGACAGACAGCUGGGCUCGCCUGGCAGUGGCCCGGUGGUGUGCGUAUGUGUGCGGCUCCCGUCGGUGUUUGAAGUAGUGAAGGACGACCUGCAGCGUUGCGUGUGUCUGGCCAAUUUACGUCAGUGUGUGUGGUUCCUGUCGGUGUGUGUGUGUGUUGUUGUCCGGUGCUGGACCAGGGAGAACCACUCUCCUCUCUCAGCUCUUAUAUGGCAAAGUUUCUGGCUGAGUUGCUGGGAUGUACUCUACCAGACAAGGGCACUUCACCAGGAAUGUUCCAGUCUCGAAGUCAGCCCCAUCUAGGCCUGAGGCACUCCUCCAAGCAGCGGCCCACAAUCUUUGGGACGUUGACCAAUGAGAAGCCAAUAUAUGACAACAAAAGGGACAAUAUGCCUCAGACGUCACCGCUGACAGGCAUGCUGGUCUCCAGUGGUUACAACCAGAACCAGAACCAGACCAAGGAAGAGGGACUGUAUUACCAUGACAACACCCUGGUGUCCGGCUCGCUUGAGGCCCUCAUCCACCACCUUGUCCCCAGCAUGGACUACUACCCUGACAGGACAUACAUCUUCACCUUCCUGCUCUCCUCUCGUCUGUUCAUUCACCCCUACGAGCUCAUGUCCAAAGUCUGUCACUUGUGUAUGGAACAGCAGAGACUGAGUGACCCUCAGGCAGACAAGAUGAGGAUCAGGAAGUUGGCUCCCAAGAUCCUCCAGCUGCUUCAGGAGUGGACGGAGACUUUCUCCUACGACUUCAGAGACGAGAGGAUGAUGAGGAGCUUGAAGGAGCUGACCCAACGCCUGUCCUCAGGGGACGAGCUGUACAGGAAGGUGGUUCACCAGAUGAUUCAAGUCCUAAUCAGGAAGCUGACUACUCUGAGCCAGUACGAGGAAGCCCUGGUCAAGAUCAAUGCUACGGCUACAGACAGACUGACCGUGCUCAAGGCCAAGCCUCAGGCCAUCCAGAGGGACAUGCUGUCCAUCUGCAAUGACCCCUUCACCAUGGCCCAGCAACUCACUCACAUAGAACUGGAGAGACUGAGCAACAUCGAACCAGAGGAAUUUAUCCAGGCUUUUGAGAAGAAAGACCUUCUGGACAAUGAUAAGAGCUGUUUCAGCGACCAGAAGAAGGCUAGUAGCCUGGAGGCAUAUGUACAGUGGUUCAACAGACUCAGCUUCCUGGUGGCCACAGAGAUCUGCAUGCCCGUAAAGAAGAAGCAGCGAGCGCGAGUCAUGGAGUUCUUCAUCGACGUGGCGCGGGAGUGCUUCAACAUCGGCAACUUCAACUCCCUCAUGGCCAUCAUCUCUGGGAUGAACAUGAGUCCUGUGUCUCGACUGAAGAAGACCUGGAGCAAAGUCAAGACGGACAAGUUUGACAUCUUGGAGCACCAAAUGGACCCUUCCGGUAACUUCUACAAUUACAGAACGGCGUUGAGAGGAGCGACACAGAGGUCUAGAACAGCCAACAGCACUAGAGAGAAGAUCGUUAUCCCGUUCUUCAGCCUACUGAUUAAAGAUAUCUACUUCCUGAACGAGGGAUGUUCCAACAGGAUGCAGAAUGGGCACGUUAACUUUGAGAAAUUCUGGGAGAUGGCGAAGCGGGUCAGCGAGUUCAUGGUUUGGAAGAAGGUGGAGUGUCCGUUUGAGAAGGACCGUAAAAUCCUCCAGUACUUGCUUACCGUACCAGUGUUCAGUGAGGACACUCUGUAUCUGGCCUCUUAUGAGAGUGAAGGCCCUGAGAACCACAUGGAGAAGGACAGAUGGAAGUCUCUGAGAUCCACUCUGCUAAGUAGAGUCUAGAGCUUCUGAACAGAACCAUGUCAAACCCAUCUGACAACCAAGCCUUACCCUGCGGUGAUGUCCGAAUAACAGUGUCCCUGUUUGGAAGGGAAACAACAAAUCUGAACUGUACUAUUCAGCAGAAUCUUUUUCUGUUCCGCAGUCAAGGAUUUCUAGCUAAGAAUCCCUCCAGUUGAUUGGCUCUUUCUUCACGCUACGUUUCCAAGGACAGCUUCUUUUUUUUUCUUCAUCUCUUUUGUAUGAAUUUUGUAGCCUUUUAUUGAAGACUUUACGACCAUCACGACUGAGAAGAGGGGGGGGGGGGAUGCGGGGGGGGGGGGGGACCCAAGGAGAUGCUUUUUGUUGUUGUCCUUUUGUCGUCUGCUGAAAACCUUAUUUUUUUUAAAAAUGUAUUUUGUUGAAACACACCAUGUAUGUAUUCACACCCCGGGUGAAACACAGUUGAUGCAAAUCAUUGUCCCCGUGACAUUUUCCAGGUGUAUUUUCCUUUCUACGGAAACUAGGGAGUUGUCUGCUGGUUGGCCAACUGACUCAGUUCGAACAGGUGGAACUUUCUCUCUCCUUCUUUAAUGAACCAGCGUUUUGUUUACUGGGAACCAGUAUACUGUGUAAAUGGGGGUUAAUCCUAACCCACGGCUAUGUUGGUAGAGAUAUACAUGAAGCUAACAUUGUUUGUAGUGUUUGUUUGUGUGUGUAAUUUCAGGUUUUUCAUUCGCUAAUUGUUUUGUUUCUGUGGUCAUUUGUUUUGUCUACGGUUAUUGCGGAUGCGUUUCCUCUUUCUAAAACCCAGUUUGGUCGACCAACAGCCUUGACAACUUUGACCGGUAAAUAUGUUCAGAGUGCAUUGGAGAGAUAAUAUGAUGUCAUUUUUUGGGGGGUUUGUUUGUGUUUUAUAUAAAGCGUUGUGUGAUACUCUACAACGGGAAGAAACCCCUUUAUCUCCUCACCCUUUAUCAAUGGGACACCUCGGCCACGGGCAGAGGGGUGUGUGGCGAUUUUUGUGAAGAUAGAUAAUGGCACCCUAUUCCCUAUGAAGUGCACCCUAUUCCCUAUGAAGUGCACCCUAUUCCCUAUGCACUGCACUACUUUACUCUGGCAGUAUGUCUCUAUGCCCUGAUAAUCAGUGCUAUAAGGCUCUACCACUAGCCAGUAUGUCCCUGAUAAUCAGUGUUAUAAGGCUCUGCCACUAGCCAGUAUGUCCCUGAUAAUCAGUGUUAUAAGGCUCUACCACUAGCCAGCCACUCUGCUGGAAUAAAUAUAAUAUUGGAGGACUGGACUGUAAACUUCAAUCACUCAAGAUAAGCCAUCCUGUGUGAGAGUGGUUGUACCUACACACACACUGCAAUCCCCUCCCCUCCCCAUGAGUUUGGUAGUACAGAAAUACAAUGUGGUUGUAUCGCCCCCUGGUGGUUGAGUUAAGUAAGUGCGGUGGAGGAGCAGUGUUGAGUGAAUGAGAUGUGUGUGUGUGUGUGUAUAUGAUAGAGGAGAUUUGUUUGAGACUUGAGGAUGUGAAAGGUUUUUCCUCUAUUUAAUGCUGGAUCAAACUUCCUUUUUUCUCCUAUAUAUUUUUUUCUUCAUAUUGUUAUAAUUCUUUUCACCAAAUGUUGUUUUAUUUAUGAUCCUCUGUGUAGUUAUUAUUUCAUGUUAUGGAUAUUUACGAGAAUUUUAUUGUGUUUCUGCUUAUUUAAUUUUGUACUAGGUACAUAAUAUACUUAGGUAGUUAUCAGAUAUUGGCCUAACAAUUUUUUUUUAUACAGGUUUAUAUGAAAACACUUUCAGGGUACAAGCUAACACUAUGAAGUCAAAAAAUGAUGGGUGCGUUCCAGGCCGACUACAUUGCAGUCGUUGCAUAGCCGAUGUCUAUCCAGGCAUUGUGAGAUCUGGCAGGCAUCUGUAAUUUAGUCCGUCUGGAACGCGGCCAUUGACUGAUGUCUAGCUUGCCUUGCCUUUGCAUUUCUCCACUCUACAUGACAUUGUGGUUUACUGUGUAAAUGAUUCAGUUUUUUUUUUUUUCUACCUUGUGUUUUUCUGUUUGUAUUUGGACUGUUACGAUGGAAUAGAGGAUCUUUUUAUUACUGAGUUAGUUGUGUUAAAAGAGAAAGUGACAAAGUUAAUAAAAGAUUGCCUAAAAGGUGACGAGGGACACUG